AUAUUUGAUAAUAUUACUGUAACUUCUACUUAUUAAUUUGAUAUUUACUUUAUAUUUAAAUUUUUAAAUUACUAUAAUGACUUAAAAUAAACUGCACACACAAGGAGAAAUAAUUUUUAAGUUUAAAAAUGGCAUUAAUGAGAUCCUCUGAAAUUCCUAAAGAUGCAGUCCUUUUAAAUGAAAAUGAAGCUUCAAACUAUAUCUGGGAAAUUGUAUACGACUGGAAAAACUUAUCAGAUGUAUGGGCCUUACGUCAUGGUUCUACAAUUCUAGGAGUAAUAAAUGCAGUGUCUGGUGUAGUUUUAAACAGACAUUAUCGUGUAAAGCUAAAACUUGGCACAUAUGGACACCUAGCUACUGUCAUACCUGUGUCAGUUAUGCCCGCCAUUCUGACCAUGUUAUUUCAUAGACAUCUAAUAUCAACCAAUCUCCUGCUGAUGAAAAAUGAACACUGUCCUAUUUGUUAUGAAGUGAGAUCAGCUGCAAUACAGUUAGCUUUGGGCAUAACAUACCCUAUGUUAUUGGCACCCACAGGAGCUUUGAUGUUGGCUAACAGAUACAAUACCUAUAGAGUACCACACCUACAACAAGGACCCAAAGUGAUGUUUAAAUUUGUUCAAAAACUGACCAAACCGUUGACUGGAACACUUACAACUUUAAGUUUAAUACAAGUAGCAGCUUCAUCAAUUAUUACAUACUUUGAAUUCAAAAACAACAUUGUGUUUAGAAAUAAACUUGUUGAUCUUGAAAGAAAAGUAUUAUCAGAGAGAGGGCAAUAAAUUAUUUAUUGAUUGUCUUGAUUUAUAGUGUAAAUAGAUUUGUUAUAGUUAGAA